GUUAUUUUUUUUUUUUUUUUACCACGGAGGUUCCACCAUCCUUAUCUGGCGCAGUCGGCAGUUCAGUGGACAAUCUCGUUGUCCCUUGGAGGAAACACGAAAACACACAUCAAGCCAACAACGAGAUAGUGGGUAUCAACCCUUUAUCCACUGGAACCUAGGAGGACACAACAAAUCACAACAUGACGAAAUCAACAAGGAGAACGAGCAUCACUAACUUCCUGAUCGGGCUUAUAAUUCCUUCAAUUCAGGCACAAAUAAUCGAGGUACACAACUUGCCAACACACCAAAGCAUUUUACCACUGCGUUUAGGCCCCGCAAGAUUCGUCACAAAUCUCAACAGCUUUAUUCACAUCAUUAAUCUUGAAAACUACAAAACAAACAUUGACGUUAUAGAAUACAAUCUUGACCUUUUCGAGAAACAUAUAUUUGAACCUAACAUCGUAAGAAUAACUAAGCUAAAACUUGCAGAAUUAAAGACCAAGUUUUUAGCAUUAUACCCAAUUAAAAGACAGAGAAGAGGGCUAAUAAAUGGACUAGGUUCCGUGAUUAAAUUCAUAACGGGUAACAUGGAUGACCAAGACGCUAGAACAAUAAAUCAACAGAUAGAAAACAUUUACUCAAACCUAAACAACGUUACAUAUACACUUUCACACGAACAUUCAAUCAACUUUAAAAUGAUUGAAAGAUUCAAUAACAUAACAUCCCACAUAAAUAACGAACAGCACACAAUAGAAAGAUACAUGUCGAGCACAACUAAUAAAAUAAAACAGGAAGAAGACAUACUAUUACAAACACAAUACCUCAACCAGAUAAACUACAACAUCGACCUUCUAACACACCACUUAACAAACAUAGCUGAGGCAAACUCGAAAACAUAG